CUUCUCGCAGCAGGACACGCUCCUUCCUCUCUCUCUAACACACAAACACACACGCACACGCGCGCACAGGAGGUGGUGGGUUUAACUUUCAGGAGGCGCAAACGUUCCAGUCGACUCUCAAGGCAAGAGGUUUUACUGGUGCGGGGGGAGAGACCUUGGUAUUUAUAGCGGAUAAAGAGAGAGAGAGGGGUUGGGAGGCAGUGACGCUGGGUGUCUCUCUCUCUCUCCCGGAGCGGAGAGACCUGUUCGUCACUAAGUGUUCGGCUGUUUCUUCAAAUGAGAAAGUCUGAGAAAUGUAAUGUCUUGUUCUGCGGACGACGCAGCCACGAUGCACAGGCGGGGACGCACCGGUGUUUGCAGCCUUCACAUCAUGUUUGGAUCGUGGAGAAGUCAAAGGUCCCACAGUGCUGAAUUCUGAAUGACAUCAACGCCUUAACCGACAUCAGCGCACACGUCACAGAGGAGCCUACUUCACCCGUCGCCCUUCCAUAUCCUCGCUUAAAUCGCAGAGAAGCUCCUCCUGCUGACCUUUUUGACCGCCGCUGCUAUGGAGAACCUCAGUGAGCUCCAGAACCCGUUGUUGGACAAAAACAGUAAGCACAUGGUCAACGGCUACGGGGGAGACUUCCCUAAUAACCAGUACCAGGAAAACAUUAUCAAUUAUUUCACUGGAGGUGGUGGCGUCGGAGGCGAGGGAGGAGGAGGAGGCGGAGGAAAAGUGAACAACAGCAACGUGGUCAGCGGAGGAGGUUUCAAUACCAACGGGAAGGUGAAAUCUCAGCAACUUUUGGACGCCACCUCGCUGCAUCUGGCAGUGGAGGCCUUCUACAGGCCCAACUUCAUCCUGUACAAGGAGGACAGCGGCAGCAUCAAGGCUAAGGAAUACAAAAGUGAGUGCUGCGAGACCACCUUCACAGAGAAGAAGGAAAAGGAGGCAUCCAACACCGCAGGGGCGGAAACACCCGGCACAGAGGAUCCUCAGGCAAAGCUGCUGGAGGAGGGCGAGCAUGUCAAGAUUCAAACAGUUUCCUACGAGGUGGAGGAGGAGGAGUAUGUGGAGUACGAGACGGACUGCUCCAGCGACAGCGAGAGCGAGGACAACUUCAUCGUCGUCCCGCCACGGGAUCAUCUCGGCCUGGCCAUCUUCUCCAUGCUCUGCUGUUUCUGGCCUCUGGGGAUUGCAGCAUUUUACUUCUCGCAGGGGACCUCCAAGGCGGUGAACAAAGGUGACUUCCCCAUGGCCAACAUCGCCUCCCGACGCGCUCUGUUCCUCGCCGCCCUCUCCAUCACUAUAGGCACUGGUGUGUAUGUGGGGGUGGUGGUAGCUCUCAUCGCCUACCUUUCGAAACCAGGACACAUAUAGCAGCAGACGCGGCUUCUCUCCACGCACCUCCGGGGAGCCCAGGAAGAGAACAACGCCCUCUGGGGAACUGCAUUGCUCCUGCGGACUUUCAAGGAAAGUUUUCCGAGGAUGUACGUUUUUUUUUCUUCCUUUCCGUUCUUUCCAGCCCCUCUCUCCCUACAGGCUCUCUGUCAGCCAAUAUUAGCCACAGUGACUGGGGAGAGGUCAAGAUGGAGGGUAAGAAGAGGGGGAAUUGGGGAUAGUCAAAGUUUUGUCUGUUAAAUGGGGUGUUGUGAGUAAUGGAAGUAUUGGAGCCCAGUUUGCAUCCCAUUGACUUCAACCUCUUUUGGCUUCAUCCACUUUCUGGCUGGUUGCGAACGUCUAAGUCGCCCUACAGAUACGUUUCAGUGACAAGACUGAGACAAUAAGUCCCUCGACUGAGGCAAUUAUUAAAGACACAAAAAUCAGUCAACUCGAUGUUAUUGUUAUUGAGCUGCUGUUAAAACUGGAGUCCUGUCCCCUCUUAUCUCACUUUGCCAACCAGGACUGUCUUUAAUAGACCAUAGUCGGCCCCCAUCAACUUCUAAGUCUGACUGUCUCUAAGUGGAAGAAAAAAAAAAAGUGGCAACAUGCAUCAUGACAAAGGAGGGCUUUCAUCCCUAAAGAGAAAAAAAAAAUACAGAACUACUGAUAAUAGUUUCCAUCUAUAAGGAAUAAAAGUCUGAGAGGGUUGAAAAAAAAAAAAGAGAGAUCACAUUCAGCCAGGAUCAGAGGCUGUUUUCUUACUGAACCAUAUGCACUGGCAUGAGUCACAAGAAUCUCAACGGAGCCACAGACCCGUAUUUUACCUUGAAGACGACGACGUCCAUCCGUUCAACAUGUGCCCUGAAGUCCAACAAAAGCUGUUUGUGCCCGAUAUAGUUUGCCUACAUACAUGCAAAACUGUGCUUUGUUUUUUACGUUUGUCGUUUUUAUGUCGCCUGCUGUCCAAAGUCACCUUGAUUGGUCUAAUUUGAAAGGAAUCUUCAUUUACGGUCUCGGAAGUAAAUCACUGAUGUGAGGUCGGACAGAUGGUCAGAAAUUCCAGGGGGGGAAACUGCCUUCCGGUGUCACAAAAAAAAAAAAUGCUGCCUCUGGUAACAUGGCAUGAAGCGAAGCAUCAGCCAGUCACAGUGGGCGUGGAAGGCCUACUGUAAAUCAGGUAGAUGGUGUCAUUAAAAGGCGGCCUCACAUAUCCUCGGGGGCCGCGCAUAUAAACAAAGUGUCGGCAGUCUGACAGCUUUGAAUGUAGCUGUGAUAAAUUAUUCUUUGCAUGACUCUACUUAUGCCGGCGGUACCCUGCUACGCAUGACUGAGAGGAUUUAGAGCUUUUUCGUCAGAUCAUAAAAAAGAGCUUGAAUUAAAAUUGAUCAGCCCUGUGAAGGGGCUCAUAUUUCGCGCAAUACUUUUCCCCAUAUUCCUCACUUCAGCUGUUACGCAGAGUAAUUCAUGUUGAUGAAGCAUUGAGAUGUUUGAUGAGUUGUGAAAACAGUUUCAAGGAUUCUUACUUGAGUUGAAACCCACUGAUUAUGCUUGUAUGAAGGGCUUAUUAAUGACCGAGCAUUUGAUUGGCUUUUUUUUCGACACUGUAGAUUUUACACCUGGCAGAUGCUAGUUCAAACAGUAAACCCUCAUGAGGUGACACUACGCACUUAGUUUUCCCUGCACACUUCCUGCAUUAGUCAUACCUGACAUUUAUGGUGCACAAUUAGUUCCCCUGUAAUGGCUUUUUCUGAAGGAACGUGUACACUCUGGAGCAUUGCCCUUAAAAUAGCACAACCACAUUAAUUUCACUAAUAAGCCACUUUUGCCGUCACCGGGUUCUGUCAGAGCCUGCGAGUAAAUAAUCCAUUUAUACAUCCUCGGCUCUGUGAACAUUUAAAAAUAAACAUGCAAGCCGGUUCCCUGCUAAUGAAGAUUGAAUAUUGACUACAUUGGGGAAGUUCCCGCUGUGCUUUGCUUUUAAUAAACCUGCAGCUAAUACUUACUUGGAGCAGUCAGAUAAAAACCAUAGCUAGAAUGGUAUCCAGUAAGGAGCAGACCUCCACCAAGGCCCAACAGUCCCCUUAUGAAACCACAUUUAAAUUCACUAGUCCCCUAAACAUUCAAGAUCCAAGAAUUUUCCUCUUAGAAAUGAAACCAAUUUAAAUUUGUGCCGAUCCUCUAUCCGGAUCGGUACCAACAUUUGAUGUCUUCGUCCUUGAGUCAUGCCACAUCCUUCCAACAAGUUUCAUUAUAAUCCGUCCAGUAGUUUUUACUUAAUCCUGCUAAGUAUCUAACAAACUGAUGAAACGGGUAUUUAGUUGGAGCCCUCAGAUUCAUCUCAUUGAGUUUCUGGUCAUCUGAAGACCCCCCGGUCAUUUCACUGAAUAUGUCUGAACACACGUCCCAGCGGUAACUCACGAGCGACUGAUUCCAGUUCAGUGUAUGCACACGUCACGACCAUCACUGUAACUAUAAAGAAAUGUUUGCUUUCAUAUCUUGGAGAAACCUUUAUUGCUGAUGACGAUGAUGAUGAUGAUGAUGAUGAUGAUGAUGAUGAUGAACAUGCUUUGUGUUAUGUAGCGUGUCAUUAAAAAUGAUGUGUUUCUAUCUGGCUUCUUUGGCAACCCGGUGUUGUUCAGUGUUUUACAACAGUAUGUUGGUUUCAAUGCAGUUGUUAUUUCCUUCUCAUUGUGAUGAGCUGGUGUGCAAAUCCACGCGCAAAAAAAACCCCAUUUGCUUCAUGCAUUCCUCAAUGCCAGGGUGAUAGUGCUUUAUUUGUGUCGUGCACUUUAGCCAAAUUUAACUUUUUUUUUAAUUACAUAUAUGUUUUGGGAUUUUUUUUUUUUCAAUCUUGUGUGAAGGCAACAUGUACAUAGUGCAAAUAAAGACAUGUUCAAAUGUAAUGACAAAUAAAUCAGAAAGGAAGGAUGGCCUUUCUAAAACGCAAAA